AUGGCGGCGGCCGCGGCCUCCGCGCGUGACCGACGGAGAAGGAGCCGUGCUCCGGCGGGUGGCGCCGCCCACGCCGUUAGAAUCGAUGAUGGCGAGGAGCAGCACCUCAACCCCUUCCUCGACGCUGCGCCGUCCGCCUCCUCAAGGGUCCAGUUCAGGAAUAUGGCGUCGUGCGCGCGGUGGGUGGAGGAAACCGGCGCUGCGGAGGUGGUGGAGAGCAGGGGCAACCUGUGGCUGACCACCGGUGUCACUCGAGCCGGCAAGCUGUACUACAACAUUGAGGAGAUCGGGUUCUUGGCUGAAAGAGGUGCCUUGAUUCUUCUCAAUGAUAAGGAUGAAACCAUAGGAAUUGACGGCAUCUAUGAAAAGCUUGCUGGAGGAAAUUAUGGUUGCUCCUGGGAUACCUUCCAGGCUUAUAAGCACUUGAAAUCGCUUGGAUAUAUUGUUGGAAGGUUUGGUGUUCCCUGGACAAUGAAGCAUGGUGGUACUUGUGACACCAUUGCUCCCCAGAUGAAUAUACUUGAGACUGAUCAGAGCUUAAAUAGAGUUGACGGAGUCUCCAGUGACAUAACCAAAUUGCUCAAGAAAAUGCAGAUUGAUGGGAUAUCUCCAUCUUUUGAAGUUUAUCUACCAAAUAGCAAGUUCAAAAAGUCAUCCCCAGGGUCCCCUUGUUUCCUCUUAUGUCUAUUAAGGGGUAAACCACCCUCAAGGGUUGAAUUGGAAGCGGUGGAAAAUAAUUUCAGAGGCAUCCCUCUGAAAUAUUGUCAUGUGGAUAAUGGACGGGUCAGCUUUCUCUCCUUUGAUGAAGUUACACUCCCAAGCUUGCCCUGA